GCGAGGCCGAUCGGUCAGUAGUGUAGUGGUCGCGCCAGCAGUCGUCGCGGAGCCUCGCUCGAGUCCCCAGUGCUGCACCUGCUCGCUGCAACGCGAGCGCUUAGCCUCCUCUCUCGCUGCCUGCCGGACCGACGCGGGUGCGCGCGCAAGAGCCGCGAUCGACCGGCCGCACCUGGCGCGGAGCUUUCUUCGCGCCAGCGCUGCUCGCCCGGAGGAGCGGUCGGGCGGGCGGCGGGCGGCGAGCGGCGAGCGGCGAGCGGGGACCGGGGACCGGGGACCGGAGACGGCCGGCAGCGCCGACGGGCGAUGCUCGCGUGCCGCGCUGGCGCUCGUGGCGCGCGCGAGCCGAGGCGAAGAAGCCGCAAAACAGGAAUCCCGGACUGGCGAUGAAAGCCGAUCGCGCCGCCGAGGCGAGUUGGCCGCGCGGCCGCGCCGCGAACGCCCGCUGCGCGAUCCGAGGCUGCGACCUGUGAGCGGCGAGCGUCCCAGAGCUAUGCGGCGCCCACUCGCUUCGCUGCCACUGCUGCCGCUGCUGCUGCUCGUCGCGUCGUUCGCGCGUUGCUGCCGAGCCGGGUCCGGCGGUCCUGGCGGGGCCGCGCCACCGGCUGUGCCCACCAUUCGUCCCGUGCUCCUCAACCAGACGUUCAUUCCUCAUGAGUACUUAAGACUGUCAGUCGUGGGAAAGUGCUGCAAGAUAAACGAGAUUUUAGCGAAAAAUGAGAGCGACAAGGAGGCUGCUUGCACUUACUCGAACUCGUCCAAAACUGAACCAUUCUCGCCGUACUUUCACGAAUUCAACGAGACUGGUCUUCUCGUGCCAAGUAUCGAAGAGAAUGAGUUCGUGGCGAUAAUCGGCGAUCCCUGCCAAUUCGGAAGGUACAUUCUGGACCCGUCGGAAAACAGCGAUGACGAAUAUUAUUUGCUGCAAAAUGGUUCGAUUUGGGCUCCGACACCGAAGCCAAUCAUGCUCAUGCCAGGACUCGAUUAUUGCAUGGAAGUUGUGCCCACAAAGGGAGUUCAAGUGUUGGUCUGUUUUUCGGAAAAGAACGAGGCGGCGGGCACGGAUGCGCUGCUGACGUUCUACGCCUGCGGCCUGCUGAUAUCGGUGCCGUUCCUGCUGCUGACCAUCGCCGCCUACGCCCUGACGCCCCGACUGCUCGACGUCCACGGCAAGGCUUUGUGCCACUACUGCGCCUGCCUGGCGCUCGCCUUCGCCACUCUCGCCAUCGUUCAGCUGGCCAGCUCCUACACCUCCGACGAGAUCUGCAUUUCCAUUGCUUUCGUAAUCCAGUUCUCGUUCGUGGCGUGCUUCUUCUGGCUGAACGUCAUGUGCAUCGAGACUUAUCUGCUGGUCAGGAGGCACGUAGAGCGCGGCACCAGCAGCCCGAGGAUCGAGCCGGGACGCCUCUUCUUCUAUUACUCCCUCUGGGCCUGGGGACCACCGGCGAUCCUCAUCCUCGUUUCGGUCAUCAUGGAUCUCAACCCCACCGUACCCAUGACUUACGUCAAACCGAAUUUCGGCGCAAACAGCUGCUGGUUCCAUUCGAACCAGGAGGCAAUGCCGUACUUCUACGUGCCGGUGAGCAUGCUAGUCCUGAUAAACCUCGCGCUGUUCGCGCUCACGGCUCUAGAGAUAACUCGCUACCAGCGCGACCUCGACCUGCGCCGACUGGCUCGCAAUCAGGAGUCCGACCGCGAGGAGCAGCGCCUCUUCCGUCGCAUCAAGCGCGUCUUCUUCGUGUGCCUGGGCCUGUUCUUCCUCAUGGGCAUGAACUGGGCGAUGGAGCUGAUAUCCUGGUGGGCCGGCGGCGACCCGCUGGCCUGGUCGGCCUUCGACCUGAUCAACGCCCUGCAAGGCCUCAUCGUCUUCGGGUUGUUCGUCUUACGCAAGCCCGUACGUAACAUCGUCUGGUGCAGGAUGCAAAAACUACGGGGCAUUCAGGUAUCCGAGCCGGAGCUUGGCAACAUGGCUCUUUCGCUACUACCGGUCAUCAACGGAGGCGACACUCUUCCUCGCGAGGGCAUCAGCUGAUCGUCUGUUCGCGUCAGCAGGUCUUCGUCCGUCAUCUCCAUGCAGAUUUUCGAAGGCCGAUCUGUUUUGGUUAUACAUCAAAUCGAUCAAUGCUGAUCAUAGCUGCGCCGCUACUUGCCCAACGGAUACUUUACUCGACUCGACCUCCACCUCUUACGCUCCUUUAUACGCUGCUAUAUAAUGUUCUGUGCAACAAGUGUUAUAACGUCUGCUUGUACAUAAUCCGUGCGUCGUGUUCUAUGUAUCUGUGUAACCGAACAAUACAGUAUUUUUACGCAAAAUCUUUUGCGUGUCGAGAGAGAACUGAUACCAUAAUUAUUAUCGUGCAUGGGUCUGUUUUCAAGACGUUUGCUAUACGCUAUCGAUCGACGUUGAUCGUGCAAACAUGUCAACUCCGAAAUUUAAUGGUCGUAAUAUAAAACUAAAAACUG